AUGGCGCCCGUGCAACCAAGUGUUGGCCCAUCUAGGGAUGAGCCUAGAGUGUUUGGCCUUGACAAGUUCAAUGGUGACAACUUUGCUGAGUGGUCCUUCAGAAUGGAAAACAUAUUUGACCACUAUGACCUGCUGGAGGUGAUGGAAGGAACGGAGAAGCGUCCCGAGAACGACCCGGAGAAGAGCCCGUGGGUGCGGAAGAGCGCACAAGGCUACCUCCUACUUGGGCAAGCGUUGGGGAGCAGCCAAAUCCGUCACAUCAAGCCCUUCCAGCGUGAACCAGAGAAGGGACCAAAAGCAUGGGCUGCUCUCAAGGGUGUACACGCUCCUGCAACAGCGGCGGUAGCUGUGGUGUUGGAACGGCAAAUGGCGACGUUACGAAUUGAAGAGGAUGAAACGGUUGAAGAAGGGGUGCAGAAAUUCUUCGACUUGUUGACGCGGCUUGAGGGAGCUGAUUUGAACUAUAGUGAGCUCCAAAAGAAGACCAAGUUACUGGCCCUACUCCCGGAGUCAUGGUCCUCGCUCAUCAUCAACCUUAAUCGUGACUUGCCCCGCCUCUCGCUUGAAGACGUGAAGCGAGCUAUCCUUCAAGAGGAUUUCCGCCGCCGUGAAUUGGCGAGUGCGGAUGGCGCUGGGGCAGCAAGCAUCGGCCGUGGAUAUGGUCGAGGAAGAGGCAGAGGACGAGGGGGAGGAAGGUUUGGUGGCAGCAACUUUGGCGGAGGCCGUGGGAGGAGCGGUUACGGCAGCGACGAGAAGAACUACGGACGCGGUCGCGGCCGAUUCGACGGCGAGUGUCACUAUUGCCACAAGAGCGGACACAUGUGGCGCGACUGCUACAAACUCCCUGAUGGUUGGACCCCUGCUCAAGGCCAAGAGGGUAGAGGAGCAGGAGGAGGGAGAGGAAGAGGCCGUGGAGGCCGUGGCGGUCGCGGUGGCGGAGCUGCAAACAUGAAGAGCGGAGACAACGACAAGGACUCGAGCGACGAUCGAUACCCGGGUCUAUUCUACUUCGUGUCGACGCAAGUACCGGCUGGUCCAGAGAAGGAUGAAGGCUUUGAGGAGCCAGCAGCUGUGGGGAAGGUGACCCUACACCCCCUGGACUAUUGGGUGAAAGGCAUGGGGAAGGCCAUGUUCAAGGGUGCUGAUGGGAAGAUGGUGGGCCUCAAGAACGUGCUUUGGGUGCCCAGCCUUGCUGCAAACCUGAUUUCCGUGCGGCGGUUGGCAAAGGCCGGCAUGGACACUAACUCGAAGGGAGCCAAGACCUACACCGCAAGGCUUGGCGAUCGGAUUCUUUGGGACCUUCAUGAGGACAGAGAUGUCUACAAAGAGAUGUGGCAGAUCCCUGUGGUCCCAAUGCCUAAGGAGAGGCAAGUGGCAGCAAGCGUCAGCACUAAAGGUGGAGCGGUUGGUAGCGGCGAUUGCGCGGACGGUCGCGCUAAGGAGAAGGAGUCCAAGAAGUGCAAUCUUGGAGGGACCAGCAAGUUCAGUGAACCUAAGGAGAGUGGUGCAGCAACCAAGGAGCAGCAAAAGGGUGAGGAGAACCCCGAGGCAACAGCGGAGGAGUACUACGGAGAGAGUAUGUGGGGCGCUAUUGCGAGCGCGGCAUUCUCCAAUCCAACUUCGGCUACGGGGGAGUGUGAUUGGCUCACCUUGCAUCGGCGCAUGGGGCAUGUGGCCCUGCCCAUCUUGCAGCAGCUAGUGAAGAAUGAGAUGGUUGCUGGCAUACGUGUGAAGGGGGAGCCCGAUGAGGUACUUGGCUGCCCGACGUGCAUGCAAGCCAAGUUCACCCGUUACCCAUUCUCUAGUUCGGAGGCAACGGCUAAGGCACCACUUGAUGAGGUGGUGAUGGACGUGGUGGGCCCCCUGAAGCUUGGAGCUGCUGGAGCUGAGUACUUCCUCACUAUUGUUGACGUCUACACCCGUAUGACUUGGGUGUACGUGCUGGCCAAGAAGAGCGACGUGGCUGAAACGUUGAAGGCGGAUUGGUUCCCGAUGGUGGAGCGGCAACAAGACCGUCUAGUCAAGUCAAUCCGCACCGAUCGAGGGGGAGAGUUCCUGAGCAAGGAGUUUGGGUUGUGGCUGAAGAAGAAUGGUAUUCGACACUCCCUCACCAUGCCAUACUCCCCUGCAAUGAACGGCAUCGCUGAGCGAGCGAACCGCACAAUCACGGAGGCGGCACGCGGGUUGCUCAUUGAAGCCGGGCUACCCGACUAUUUCUGGCCUGAUGCGGUGCGGAGCGCAUGUGUGGCCAAGAACAGAGCCUUGACUCAUGUAGGAGCAGACAAAUGGGUGCCCUAUGUGGAGUGGCUAGGAAGGAAGCCAAAGGUGGAUAUGCUUCGGGUGUUCGGGUGCAUGUGCAUGGUGCUUGUGCCUAAGCAUCUUCGGCACAACAAGCUUGGUGCCAAGGCGGUGUGGGCCGUGCACUUGGGCAUGGCUCAAAACAGCAAGGGAUGGCUUCUUUGGGACCCAUUCACCAAGAAGUUCUUGGUGAGCAGGGACUGCAAGUUCAUGGAGAACUUCAUGUACAAGGAUUGGAAGGCGGAGAAUGAGGCGAAGAUAGGCGUGCGGUUUGGGGAGGUGAAGAGUUCCGGUUUGGAGCAUGUGGAGCUGCCUUUGGAGCUGAGCAGCGGCAGCACAACCACGAGGCAAUCCUCCCUUGUGAAAGGGGGAGAGGAGGCCACUGAUGCAGAGGAAGAAGAGGAGGAGGUGCAGCAAGUGAGUGAGCGUGCACCGUCACUCCCUUCCCGUACCACAAGUGCUCCACGGAAUCGAGCCACACCGCAGCAACGCCAAGGCCUUCAAGUCGCUGCAGCUGAGGAGGAAGGAAGGGGGAGGAGGAGAGUUCAACCCCCUAAUAGGCUGACCUAUGAUGCACUUGGAAAGCAAGGCAAGACAGCCCUGGCCGGAGCGGCAAUGAUGGUCGGAGACGAUGAGGAGAGUGACUACGAGGAGUGUGCCUUCGCGUUCUUCUCUCCGGUGGAGAUGCCGGGAGAACCAGCAACUCUCAAGGAGGCUUUGGAGAGUAGUGAUGCUGAGGAGUGGAAGAAGGCUUUGGAGAGUGAGCUGAAGAGCAUCGAGGAGAAUGACACGUUUGAAUUGGUGGAGCUACCGGAGGGGCGUACGGCGAUAACGUCCAAGUGGCUCUUCAAAAUCAAGUCGGAUGCCGACGGCAAGAUCGAGCGUUACAAGUCUAGGCUUGUAGCCAAGGGGUACCAGCAGAAGGAGAAGGUGGACUUCAAGGAGCUGUUUGCCCCUGUGGUGAAGCCGACGACGCUGCGAACCCUAUUCGCGGGAGCCGCCAUCAAAGGAUGGGUGGUGAAGCAAAUGGACAUUGUGACGGCAUUCCUUAACGGCAUCCUUGAGGAGGAGAUUUUUAUGGCACAGCCAGAGGGGUUUGAUGAUGGUAGUGGCAGAGUGUGGAAGCUGAAGAAGGCCCUCUAUGGGCUGAAGCAGGCCCCUAGGCAAUGGUACAUGAAGCUGCGCGAAGUGUUGGAGGAGAUCGGCUUCACUCCCUCAACGGCCGAUCACUCCUUGUUCAUGCUUGGCGAGGGGGAGCAGAGGAGCUUCAUGGUGGUUUAUGUGGAUGACAUUCUCAUAUUCUCACCCUCCUCUGACCUUGUGAAGGAGGUGAUUCUGAAGCUGCAUGACAAGUUCAAGUGCAAGUCCCUUGGUGACGUGAACUUCUACCUUGGGCUCCACAUCGAACGAGACGUGGAGAAGCGGAGCAUGCGAGUGCACCAACGGAAGUACCUGGAGGCGUUGGCUGCCAACUUCGGCCAGAGUGAAGGUCAUGUGGCUACUCCCUUUCCCUCUGGGUUCAAGUGUGUGAAGGGGCCAGAGGAGGAGAGCGUUGGAGAAGAGGAGAGGCGCCGAUUUCACUCGUUGGUGGGCAGCCUCAUGUAUGCGGCGGUAAACACCCGACCGGACGUCGCGUUUGCUACCGGGCAGCUGGCUAGGGUUGUGCAAUGCCCUAAUGAGGAGCAUGUAGCAGCUGGAAUGAGGGUGUCCAAGUAUCUUGGCCAAACACCGACCGUUGGGCUGCAAUACUCGGCGGCGGCACAAAGGCGCCAAAAGGGCGCGGAUGGUGUUGAACCCGGGCGUUUGUUCCUCACCGCCUACUCGGUUGCUUCAUAUGCAUCAGAACCAGAGGACAUGACAAGUGUGGGAGGCUUCAUAUGCUGUGUUGGUGGAGGCCCAACUGCUUGGGAGAGCAAGAAGCAGGUUGACCAAGCUUUGAGCUCGGUGGAGUCCGAAUACAUGGCACUCUUCCGUGCCGUACGGGAGAUUGUGUGGCAGCGGCGUUUGUUGGCUGAAUUGGGGGAGGAGCAGCAAGGACCUACCCCACUGUAUUGUGACAGCCAGGGUGCCAUUGCUCUUGCUAAGAACCCUGUGUUACAUGGACUCACGAAGCACAUGAGGGUGAAGUGGCAUUGGACGAGGAGCAUGGUAACCGCGGGUGAAGUUGAGUUGCGCUACGUGAAGACCACGGGGCAGCCGGCUGACAUGAUGACCAAGAGGCUGGUGGAGCAGCAGCAUUGGAAGUGUUGCAAGCUGGCUGGGAUGGCUCUGAACUGA